CAUCCUUCCUCCUCACGGCCAUGGGUGCUAAGCGACGCCUUGUUUGAGCAAAAGGCCCGCUCGAGCUGCCGUACGAAGUACUAUGUGCUCGUCAUACUGGGGAUUAAGGUUAAAUCCUCGGUCGCUCGAUCUCUUCUGCCUGUCAUCAUGAAGCACACUACCACUUCUGAAGGAUUGCUUGCCUUACGUUUGACCCACCAUUCUACCUGCUACUCCUCACGAGCCUUCUUCAGCCCUGCAACUGUAGUCUCAUCUCUGCAUGCACUUCCCCGCAGCAGUCCGGAAUUGCGGCAUCUCGCCAUCCACACUCCUGUUCUGCACAGUUGGUUAGUCGCGAGCGUGGUGGUCCUGCUGACAGCAACAUCAAUCGGAUAACCUCAACAAAGCGAGACCAGCCAACGAUCCCCAGCCACGGUAUACAUGUGGACCAUUAGUGUCAACAUGAUGCUGCGCGU